ACGUCACUGCAGGCAAUCAGAACGAGCUUAGCGAAUGCAACGCCAAUUUUAGACGGGAUCGUGUAGAGAGUAGAAGUGAAAGGAUUGCCCCUAAAAAAAAGCGAAAAAGCACAUCAAACUCGGAAACUGAAGGGAGCGAAGGUACAGCAGUAAGUCAGACUACGACGGAAAAUGAAGACAGUGGAUUAGUAGAGUCUAUUGUUAAGCGAGUGAGGCAGAGGCGUAGCUGGGCAGAGUUGAACCGGUCUUUUACUUGCUCGUACGAAGGAUGUGACCGUAAAUACGCAUCGAAUCAUGCCUUGACAUUGCACGAACGUAAAAAGCACGAGAACGGAGGUGUCUUCAGUACUUUACGGUCAGUGCCACAACAUUGGUCACAUUCAAGUCAGCAAUUGCAAGCCUCUCAGCAGCACAGCAGUUCACAGAAUUAUGGAAACAAUCAACAUCAUAGCAACGUGCCCAAUGAAGUGUAUAGUUCGAAUAUAAGCCAACAGACUACACAGUCCAGCGAAGAUAGCUCGUCGCCGCACUCGCAGCAGCGAGAUUCACGAUCAUCUAUUGCCCUUCCGACUAAAAACAGACCCCAAAACAAUUCAAGACAACUAACCACACAACACAUAAACUCACAGACGGCCAGAAAUUCGAGAGAUGGAUAUGGCAGGCCAUCGUUUGCGCCUCAGGCUGUAUAUAGAGCGCCAUUUUGUUCACAGACGACACAGAAUGCGGGAGAUCUAGAUGCCAGACCAUCAAUAGCGCACGGGGAACUUUCAUUUGCAGAACAUCAUUCAUUUCUUAAUGAAAAAUGUAAUCACGAUAGUGAAGCGCAAGAUAGUGGUGAUGGACGGCAGGGAGGCAGAAAACAAGACAACUACCAGUCGCGUAUGCAAGUGUCUCAACUUGCAUUGCAAUACUCAGGCGAGCCACAGAAUGCACAACCGCAGUACGAGACGUAUAAAGGGUAUGGGGAUAGUGGGACAGCCCAGCGACCUCAGCAUGGCAAUCUAAAUUGGUACUUAUCUUUGUUGAACAAUACUGUGUGCACAACGAAUACGCAGGAGAAUUUGUCACGGACCUUGUCAUUGGCGAAUAAUGCGAAGAUGUCGAUAGGAAAUCGAACAAUGAAGCAAGGUGGGCACGCAUGGAAUAGAGGUGACAAUAAUCUACGAUGGUUCGGUUGAUUCCGAACAAUCAUUGAGGUCGGUAGAACAAAUAUACGCAAUAGAGUUAUCUACUAUCCUAGGCGGGAGGGCACCUGUUGAUCUGAUUUCUUCGGUGUCUGCUCCUAUUCAAGCCCUAUUUUAUCCUCAAAAUGGCACAUUUCAGAUGCAGAGACAUUAAAGCGUCCAGCAGGAUUCUCAUAUGCAAGAAGAAUACUGUAGGUUGAAUUCUUUUUUUAUUGAAGCCGUACGACACAAUGCAUAGUUCAACACCUUUCGGAAUACAGUGUCCACCGACACUUGUUAAUAAAGAAGAUGUCCGUGCA